AUGUCGCGCGCACCGCAGCCUCUGUCAACCGAUAAGGCUAAGGAAAAGAGACGACAAGUUGUCAAGGAGGUAGAGAAGCAAAUCCCGGAAGUCGUCAAAUUGAGACCAGAAGCUCCAGCCGAUGGAUAUCUAUGCUUGCCAGACAAUUACCCACCCCUACGCCCGCAACUUGCGAGAGUGAAGGUAAUUGAUGGCGACGCCUACGAGGCUGCCAUCGAACUCACCAAGGAAGCCAUCAAAGCUGGAGACAACAAACCGGUCUGUGUGCUGAACAAUGCCAACGCCGGCAUACCAGGCGGGGGCUACCGUCAUGGAUCGUUGGCCCAGGAGGAAGACCUUUGCUAUCGUAGCACCCUUAUUGCAACUCUCAAAAAGGAACUCUAUCCGGUGAAAGACCAUCAAGCCAUCUAUUCUCCGACCGUGGUCAUCUUCCGUACCCGAGGCAAUAAGGACUACAACUGCGAGUAUCCUCUGAUGGACUUCAGUAAACCUCAGGACUUCCCUGUCGUCAGCGUCGUCAGCGUGGCGGCCAUUUAUCACCCACAGGUCGACAAUAAGGCAAACCCACCCACAUGGGCAAAACAGAGUGAUCGGGAUCUUAUGUAUGAGAAAAUGCGGAUCACCCUUCGCAUUUGCGUGCACAAUGGUCACCGUAGCAUUGUGCUCGGGGCUCUAGGAGCUGGCGCUUAUGGAAACCCAAAUCAAGCAGUCGCAAUUGCUUUUCGUGAAGUUUUACAGGAGCCAGAGUUCAGGGCACGGUUCGACAACAUUGUAUUCGCUGUGAUGCAGGAUAGACGCAAGUGCUACGAUGUGUUCCACAAAGAGUUGGACGGGGUCCAAGUUUAG